GUGCUCAUGCUUAGAAUGGAAGGAAUCGACGGGACAUGGUAGCAAGCCAGGGGAAAACGAUAGACCAGCAAUGCUCGUCGGAUAUGGCUGUUUCCAUGGUGCCAUGGAUUUCUCGCGGGAGUGGAGCUGCAAUGGCUGUGAAAAAUCGCACUUGGGCAUUCCUGCAGAGUCCGGAGGUGGCGGCGCCGAAGGCAGCGGCGUCGUCGGGUUUGAAGAAGCGCAAGGCGGAUGCAGCCCCAAAGGCGGCGGCUGCAAAGAAGGCGACUGGUGAUGGCAAGAAGAGGAGAUUGUCCGCUGGAGCGACUCUCGCUCCGGCGAAGAAGCUUGGUUCGACUGUUAAGAAAGCGACCGUAGCCGGCAUGAAAGCCGCAGGGGCUUCCAAAGCUGCCUCGACGGCGGUGAAGAAAACUCCAGCUGCCGCUGCUGCUAAAAAGACACCAGUGAAGAAGGCAGCUUCAUCAAGUAGGGCUACGUCGGGAAGGGCAGUGAGAGCGCGAAAGUAAAGGUGAUGAGGAGGUAGAACGAUGGGGCUCGCAGUGGGGUGUAGCGGGUUUUCUUUCCCUUUUCUCUUUGCGCUCCUGUUGGACGGCAAUAGAAUUUGAUUCCCUGUUUCGUUAUCCGGUUUUGUAGUAAUGAGAGCCCCCGGGAGAUUACAAGUGGGAGUCUAGAUUGAUCGUGGGAGAUAGAGGUCCAGAACUGGUUGCCUGUCACUCAGUGAGGCGUCGAUGAGGAAUUACUACGGUGAAUGGACGAUCUCUUUCGCUCUGUCGGUGGAAGGGAGGGAAUCGUCGGUGGAAAGUGCGAUUAGUUUGGUGAAAGUCCCGCGCAUGGCUGGUGGCACCCUCUCUGUUGUCCCAUUUCGCUUGAGAGUAAAGGUCCCAAGCAGAUGAACAGACACAUGGGUUGGCGGAGAAUUCGCUGCGGUGCUCCUGAUUGUCGACGGUUGUAGAUGAUGUUACGCUGAGAGGGUGUCGGCGUGGGUGGGAAACGUUGCCGUGCGAACCCUGAUGAGAAAGAUGAGGGUUGGUUCGAUGGUCGAGUAGCACCCAUGAGAGGACAGGUCAUGUAGUGGUCGGGAUGUCGUGUCGCUACUCGUCGGCGUGGUGAGGAGCGUUAAAGGCUAUCUCCACGAGUUGGGAGAGAAUACCGAGGGCAGGACAGACAGUAUGUUGCCCGCAAUUGUGUGUGCACUGCCUCUACGUACGUAGGUAGAAGGGCGCAUGACUAUCAUGCGUGUGCGCAUGCGCGAGCGAAGGGUGACGUCCUCUGUGACGAUGAUAUGCAGGCGGUUAGUCUUGUUCUCAGCCUUUAGACAGACCAAUUUAUGGAGGCGUGUUCUGGAUUUCGUCCUCGUUCUUGCAUAGUUGUUGGCUCGGGUGGUAUCCUUCAAGCUGAACGGAGACUUGCGGUCGCUAUUCAUUGCCCGACCGGGUCCGGUGCAGCAUGGUAGUUAUCUGAUCGGAAGAAUUGGUGGCUACUUCCGAUGGGUGUUCAGCGGGGUUGAAGGAUUUGUAAUUAAAUUGUACAGUAUAGCGUGAGGCUGAUUCUUUUUAACAAUAAACCUUUCAUCAGCAAGCGUCCUGGUUCCCCUUUCCGGGAUGUGGCGGGGAGCUUCUCAAGCGUUCUUGGAUUUCAGUUUCCAUUCUGAAGAACGUUCUCAAAUGACUUUAUUUAGCAUUAUCAAUGAUGCUUUCCUUAUUAUUCUUUCCGUUUGGUCUCUCUUUGUGUCGUCAUUUGCCUUCUUCCACUUGCCUGAACAGUGAAUUUUUCCGACCUGCCCAUUUU